GGAAAAGUAGUUUUUUAGAGCGAUCAUAUACAGUACAUAAAAAUACGUGACGUACAAGAAGAAAAAAUACAAACACACAGUCCUUCCAUUCUGACAUUUAAUUUCUGUUUUCACCAUCUGCUCUGCUGCUUCUCUCUCACGCUACGAUCAUGAGCAAGGCACCGGAACUUUUCUCCGAUAUCGGCAAGAAAGCCAGAGAUCUAUUGACAAAGGAUUUUCACUCCGCUCAGAAAUUCAGCUUCUUCAGUUACAGCGACACCGGUCUGGGUUUUACAUCAUAUGGUAUAUGCAAGUACAAGAACACUCUAGUCAGUUCCAUAAUUGAUUCAGAAUCCAACGUCUCGACAACCCUCACAUUUGAUGAGAUCUUUCCAUCCACUAAGGCUAUUGCUUCGGCCAAAUUUCCCGACCAUUAUUCCGGCAAGUUGGAGGUUCAAUAUUUUCAUGACCAUGCAACCUUCACCACAGCCCUUGCUUUGGACAAGUCUCCUGCAAUCGAAUUUUCCUCCACUGUUGGCACCUCAGCAUUUGCUUUUGGUGCAGAAGCAGGAUAUGAUACAACUUCUGGUAAACUUACAAAGUACGCUGCUGGCUUUACUAUGACGAAGGCAGAUACCACUUGCUCAGUAAUUUUAGGUGACAAAGCAGACAUUAUGAAGGUAGCAUGGUCGAAAUACCUUGAUCAGUCAAAGAGGAGUGCUUUUGCGGUGGAGGUUUCCAGAAGAUUUUCGACAAAUGAGAGCGGAUAUGCAUUGGGAGGGUCGUAUGCUAUUGAUCCGCUGACAACCGUGAAAGCAACAAUCAACAACUAUGGGAAACUCGGGGCAGUUCUGCAGCAUGAAAUGAUUCCAAAGUGUUUGCUUUCAAUCUCUGGUGAGUUUGACACUGCAGGCUCUGACCGUCCAAGAAUUGGUUGUGCCAUUGCUAUUAAGCGCUGAUGCUCGUCUUCCACCCACUGACAUAUUACUGGAAUUUUAACUAAAUCUAAUUUUUUUUUUUUGCUGGAUGACACUUAAAAGAUGGUAGCGAUAAGUUGUUCUGCGGAACCAUGCUAGCAAUGUGCAAGAUUUUUUGCC